GAUUCUUCACGUCGAUCGCUGGUUUGAUGAACUCGUGCAGCGUCCUCGAUCUGGAUGCGUUCGAGCGUAAUACAAAGGCCGAGGGAUUGGGUGUCGGUUCGGAGGGUGCAGCCGGCGAAAAGAACAUGCACGACGCCGAAUUCACCUGCGCUCUGUUCCGAUUCAUUCAACUGACCUGCGAGGGUCACAAUCUGGACUGGCAGAACUAUCUCCGUACGCAGGCCGGUAACACAACCACCGUGAACGUCGUCAUCUGCACAGUCGAUUAUUUGUUGCGGCUGCAGGAAUCAAUCAUGGACUUUUACUGGCACUACUCGAGCAAGGAACUGAUCGAUCCGGCCGGUAAAGCAAACUUCUUCAAGGCCAUCGGUGUCGCAAGCCAGGUCUUCAACACCCUCACUGAAGUCAUCCAGGGUCCCUGUACCCAGAAUCAGCAAGCGCUGGCCCACUCGCGUCUCUGGGAUGCGGUCGGUGGUUUCCUCUUCCUGUUCUCGCACAUGCAGGACAAACUGUCGAAGCACUCGAGCCAGGUGGAUCUGCUGAAGGAGCUGCUCAACCUGCAGAAGGACAUGAUCACGAUGAUGCUCUCGAUGCUCGAGGGUAACGUCGUCAACGGUACGAUCGGUAAACAGAUGGUCGACACACUCGUCGAGUCGGCCUCGAACGUCGAGCUGAUCCUGAAGUACUUCGACAUGUUCCUGAAGCUGAAGGACCUCACCUCAACACCGAGCUUCAUGGAAAUUGACGCCAACGGUGAUGGGUGGAUUUUGCCAAAGGAUUUCCGUGAAAAGAUGGAACAACAAAAGAGCUACACACCGGAGGAGAUCGAUUUUCUGUUGGCGUGCUGCGAAACGAACCACGACGGUAAGAUCGAUUACAUCGGGUUCGUCGAUCAGUUCCACGAGCCGGCCAAGGAGAUCGGUUUCAAUCUGGCCGUCCUGCUGACCAACCUGUCCGAGCACAUGCCGAACGAACCCCGGUUGGCACGGUUCAUCGAGACGGCCGGUUCGGUGUUGAACUACUUCGAGUCGUUCCUCGGUCGCAUCGAGAUCAUGGGCUCGUCCAAGCGCAUCGAGCGCGUGUACUUCGAGAUCAAGGAAGCGAACAUCGAACAGUGGGAAAAGCCACAGAUCAAGGAAUCGAAACGGGCGUUCUUCUACUCGAUCGUGACCGAGGGUGGCGAUAAGGAGAAGCUCGAAGCGUUCGUAAACUUCUGCGAGGAUGCCAUCUUUGAGAUGACGCACGCGUCCGGACUGAUGGCGAGCGAUGACGAUGGUGGUACGGUGCGGCGCGAUCAGUCCUUUACGUACAUCAGCGAGGAGGAGGAGGAGCGUGCGGCACGCGAUCCGAUCAAGCGCACCAUCCAGGCGAUGAAGGAUGGCCUUUCGUACUCGCUCUACCUGAUCAGCCCGUCCAACAUCAAGCACCAGGUGACCGUGCUGCAGACGAAAUCAUUCCCAGAAAUCAUUGUCGGGUUCUUCAAGAUGAUCUUCUACGCGUUCUACUACUCCGGCUUUGGCGUUUCGGUCGUGAUCAAGUAUCUGGUCAACAUACUGAUGUCACUGAUGCGUGGUCCGGCGCAGGAAGAGGAGGAACCGAUUCCGGAAGCCGAACCAUCACUCCGUGCCCUGCCACCGCUACCACUGGAGGAAGCGCCAGGAACGGUGCAAGCUUUCGGACUGGACAUUAGCAAGGAGGAGAACGGACAGUACCGGAUGCAACCACACGAAUCGCCCGCCCUAAGCCCAUCCUCUUCGAUCGAGGAAACGGGUGAGAGCAGCCCGGAAGAUGGUGCUGUCGAUGCGCUGACGGGUGAAGGACUGGCGCCGGGUGAGUCACCGAUGACACUGGUCGAUCUGCUCGGUGGUGAAGCGGCGAAACGGGCCGCCCAAGAACGCACCGAAGCCCAGAAAGCCCAGGAAGCAACGUUGGCAAGCAUCGAAGCGGAAUCGAAGAAGGCUUCGACGGAAACGAAGGAACCGGCCGCCGUACACCAGAUCGACUUCUCCAAGUACACCAAAAAGUGCGUCAGCUAUUUGGCCCGUAAUUUCUACAACCUAAAGUACGUGGCACUGGUGUUGGCGUUCUGUAUCAACUUUAUGCUGCUGUUCUACAAGGUGACGACGCUGGGUGAGGAUGAGGAGGCGGAAGGAUCAGGUGAAGCGUUGAUGGGACUUGGCUCGGGACUCGGCUCUGGAUUGGGCAUCAUCGAGACGGGAUCGGGUGGUGGUGAAGGUGGCAGUGGGGAUGGUGAAGGUGGCGAGGAAGAGGAUCCACUGGAGAAGGUGCACGUCGAUGAGGAUUUCUUCUACAUGGAGCACGUGCUGCGUGUGGCCGCCAUGUUGCACAGUCUCGUGUCGCUGGCCAUGCUGAUCGCUUACUACCAUCUGAAGGUCCCGUUGGCUAUCUUCAAGCGCGAGAAAGAGAUCGCCCGUCGGCUGGAGUUCGAUGGACUGUUCAUUGCCGAGCAGCCGGAGGAUGAUGAUAUCAAGUCACACUG